UGAGCCAUGCACCACUUUCCUUCCUUUCUUCCUUCUUGAUCCAAAUUUUUAUCGAAUUGAUAAAGGGUCACUGUGGUGGGACUCGCUAAUUUCAAAAUUUUCUCCCAAAUUUCAUUGGAAAUGUUGAUGCUUUUUUUCUUUUUUUUGGCAUUGCUGAUCUCUGCCAUGCCUCUAAUCCACUCGUUGGGAGUUUACCCACUUCUUCACACGCUUUUCAUUACCUUAUCAUGCAUUUGAUCUGUCCUUCCCAACAUAAUCUGCAUUUCAUUCCUUCAUUUCCAAGAAGUGACUCUUCUUUCUGCAAAGAGGAUGCUCUGUGUGUAUCAAUCUCAUUAGCUAAUGGUGCUAUUCAUGAUACAAAUCAGUUAUAAAUUGCCUUGUUUCUUUAGCAACCCAGAAGCAGUUUUUGCCUCUUGCCAAUCCCCACAAUCUCAUAUCAGCAAGAUUUCAAAUUUCACUCGACACCCACAAGCCCAAUACCCAUCCUAGUCUCCACCCAACACUUGAAAAACUCUAUUUCUUAACCAUAAUCUUUCUUUUGCAGUUUUUUUUAUUGCCGCAACCUUUUUAAUCUGUUUUUUAGCACCAGCUAUGAUGAUUUAUGUCUAGCUAAUUGAAGAUCUCAAGCUAAUUUUUGCAAUUUCUUUGAAUGUCCACAUGCUCUUGUAUCUGUUUUAGGCACCAGCCAUGAUGCUUGAAAGGCAUAUUCAAGAAACAAGAAAACACAUGGAUAAGGAUCGUAGUGGGAGCAGUGAUAAUUUCACAUUCAGUUGCUUUGAGUAUGAUGAUGGGCCUUAUAUUGAUAUGGACUUUAGCACAAGCCCUAUGGAGGAGGAUAAUAAAGAUUCUGAAGAAUUUGAAUUUAAUAUCAGUAUCUCUGCUGGGAACAAGGCUCAACUUGUAUCAGAAGAAAUACCUAAUGAUGUUUCUCCUGCAGAUGAGUUGUUUUACAAAGGGAAGCUGCUUCCACUUCAUCUUCCCCCACGCUUGCAGAUGGUGAGAAAUCUCUCCAUGUCCAGAGAAUCUGAAGCUGACAUAUAUGACUAUACCUCCCCUGUUACCCUAACCAGCCAUGAAAGCUAUGAUAUUAAUUGCAGUUUUCCUUCUGGUUCUCUUGAUUCAAAUCAAGAACCCAUUAGCCACAAGGAGGCAGGAAUUAGGUCUGUUAAAACUGGGGAGCAUCAAUCUCACUCCAUACUCAAGUCUGCCACCAAAUUUAAGGUCUUCUUGUUUGGAUUCAGGAAGUCUUCUAAAGUGGGUAUGGAUGAUCAUCAUUCUUCAGACUAUUCUCCUCCUCAUCCCAAUCAUCCCAGAUUUACAGUCAAGUUUAAGUCCAUGAAAACUCCUGUGCAAUUCUUUACUAAGAACCGCAGCACUAAAUCUCAGAAAUCUCCAGAUUAUUCGUCAAGAAGCCCGAGUCCAAAGCAUGUCCUUCAGAAGUAUUUGAGGAUGGUGAAGCACAUAAUGUCGCAGAGGCGUGUGGAUAGUGUUGAUGACCAGCACCUACAGGUGGAGAAUGAAUAUGGGUGUCCCUUUAUUGCAGGUGAAUCAGGAAGGGUAAUUCAUGAUUCAUUUUCUGGAAACUUGAAGAUGGGUUCCAGGCAUUUGGGUUUUCGAAGCUGCCCAGCUUCCAUGGAUUCAUCUCCCAAACACGAUGGAAUCCAAACCAGCUUUUACAGUGAUGACCACCAAAGUGCUGUUCAAGCAGCCAUUGCCCAUUGCAAGCAAUCUAAUGGAAUCACUGAUACUGACAUCUCCAAAGACUCUGAAUGUUCAUCACAGCGCUUUACAUCCACCCCUGUCAAUAGUACACCUGCAAUUGAAGCUGCGUAUGAUUUUUAUUUUCCAUUGGUGAAACAACCAGAAGAAUAUCCUUAUGAUAAGUAAUUGGAAGCUUUUGCAGUUUUCAGCAGACAUUCCCUGAAUCUCACACCAUUUGCUCCAAUAUCUGCUACAAGUUCAAGGGAGCAAAGCCCCACUGACUUGCUAAGUUUGCUAUGGGUAUUCAGUUUCCAAACUUGCUUGAAAAUGAGCUCUAAUGUUAAUGGGCUGGUUUUGAUUACAGCAUACUAAUGGUCUGAAACCAUGUAUAGUUUAUCGUAAUAAAUUUGUAAGUUCUAGUAUCUUGCAGGUUCUGACAGGUACUUUAAACUACUGGUGGAAACCAGGCCACCAUCAACCCCAAGUUUUGUGAGAUAUGAAUUAGCAACCUCCAUUGAUAAAUAUAGGAAAAUAAAAACUCUGUUGAUCUUAGGGGAUACAAUGGUGCUGCUUAUUGGGGUAUUGAAAAAGUAUGUAGAUUUUGAGGACAGACUUACCAUCUGCAAGUGUUAUCAUUCUAUUCCUAAGUACAUAUCCCAAGGGGCUGUAAUGCAUUCUUGGAAUGUUUUCUGUACUAAAGCAAAUAUCUAUAUCAUCUAUAUUUGUAAUUCUAUUUUUCUAUUUUUUAAAUAUAUGUAAUUUGUUUUUUUCUCUA